AUGGCGAAAUUAUUAAAUGUACUCGUAAUCAUAGGAAUUACCUUAUUUUUCGAUAUAUCUCAUGGCGAAAUAAGUAGAUGGAAGCAGUAUUUAUCAAAGCAAAAAAUUUUAUCUACUCGCAAUGGUGGUAGAAUUGCAGGUGGAACAGAAGCCACACGAGAUCAGUUCCCAUUUGCGGCUCUUUUUUUCAAUUAUCAUGCAGAUGAUAGUGAGUCAGCGUGUUCAGGAUCAAUUAUAUCAACGAAUUUUGUGUUAUCUGCAGCUCAUUGUUUUACGUCAAUUAAAUCAUCCGACCUUCUUGCUGGUGUUCAUGAUAUCACCUUAGAAUAUCCACAAUAUGAAUUCUCAAUUUUACCAACAGACGUAACUAGGCAUCCUAAUUAUAAUGCAGCUCUUCAUGCAAAUGACAUUGCAAUUGUUUCUACAAGAAGAUCACCUUUCAGAUUCACAUCGUCAAUUCAAGCAGUUGUAAUGGCUCCAAGGUCAUUCAUUAAUACUAAUCUUACUGGAACUAUUGCCAGAGUUGCUGGAUGGGGACUUACAAGAGAUGGAGGAGAUAUGUCACCAGUUCCAAGAUUUAUUGAUUCACCAAUAAUAACUAAUGUGGACUGUGCAAGAACAUUCGGAACAUUGAUUUUAAGCAGCAAUUUCUGUUUAAGUGGGGCAGGUGGAAGAUCAACUUGUUCUGGUGAUUCUGGUGGUGGGGUAACUAUUAUUAAUGGAAAUAAUCGAAACUUGAUCGGAAUCGUUAGUUUUGGAAGUGAAUACGGUUGCCAAUUAGGAUUUCCCAGUGUAAAAUCACGGAUCACAGCAUAUUAUGAUUGGAUUACACUAGUUACUGGUAUAGUUAUAAGUUAA